AUGGCUGCGAUGAACGGAAAGGCAUUGGGUAAAUGUGGAAGGAACAUAAAUAGUCCCAAGAGAAAGCGGGAGAGCCCCGCUGCAUAUGAUACUGACGUAUUCCGCACCUCUGAAUUGCAUCAGCACCCUGUCAAUGAUUCUGCUGUUAGGUUUCAUGUUGAUCAAGACCGCAAGGCAAAGAUCGUGUGCCACUUCAACAAGCAGGUUUUGCAGAGCUAUAAGAACUUCAUGAGUAGUGCACCACCUAAGCGUAUUUUGCUUCGCAAAGGUGCUGUCUGGAAAGACAUUCCAGAAAAGAUUGUCAAAUUGGCCCAAGCCGACUUCAGGGCGAAAAAGACGGUCACAGAAACAGGAUAUCAGAACCAUCUAUUUUUGCUGGAUUUUGCCCAUAUGACAUUCAUAGACACAAAGACAGGUCUUCAGAGGCCUAUUGCUUGGAUCGAUGAAAAUGGAAAGCACUACUUCCCGGAAUCAUUUAUGCAAGAUCAGAAAUUAUUUAUCAAGAAAGAUUUUGGCAACGGAAAUCCUGAGUACAUUAGUGUUGAGCCAAAUGGGACACGAGAAAUGAAUGACCAGCUUGGAACAUCAGAAAGUUCUGCAGAAAGCUCAAACUUUGAUUCAAGUACUGAAGAUGUUUCCAGUCCUAAGAGAGCUAGGGCUGAAAAGAAUUCCAUCAUAAAAAAUUACUGUGAUAUGGGAGAAGCUAUUGGAGAAAAUGAGCCAUGCACUUUGUUGCCUACAGUCUGUAACCUACUACCACACCAAGCUAAUCUGGGUGAGGUAUCACGUGCUCAGCGCACUAUUGAAGCCGUGGAGAAGCUGUUCUUGCAGGGGAUGGGUUCAGUUAUUGAAUCCAAGGACAUUAUUGGAAUCUUCAGGACUCCAUUAUUGGAUGACCACAAACAAGUCCGUUACCAUAUUCACCAAAAGCAAGUACAGGUUACCCGGAUGUCAUCGUGGAAAUGCAAAUUUCAUAAGCCGCCCAUUAAGUGUGCAGCCUAUGGAGAGGGCACCCUCCUUACACCAGCAAAUCGUUCUGAUGCCUGUUCACCCGACUGUAUUUCAGAGGAGAUGAACCUGGAGGCACCUCCAGCAUUGGGAGGUGGAUGUGCAGCCCCCAUGCUAGGAGAUUCGAUGGAAAAGGCUCCAAGCUCACCUUGGAUGCCUUUCUCCAUGUUGUUUGCAGCGAUCUCUACUAAAGUGUCUCCUGAGAAUAUGGACAUGGUUAUUAGUUGCUAUGAAGAGUUUAAGAUCAAGAAAAUAAGCCGAGGUGAACUUGUAAAGAAGCUGAGGCAUGUAGUUGGUGAUAGAGUGCUAAUAUCGACGAUAAUGCGUCUCCAAGAUAAGUUACCUCCAGUGGAGAGGCGUGAGGCACUGGACGCAUCAGCAGCGAAGAUGGUGGCGAAACCGUGA